GUCACUGCCAAAAAAGGUUGAGGAAUAGUACCCGGAGAUUAACGAGUUUGGUUCACCGUUCACAAGCUAAAAAAGCAGUUUAUCCCAUCGUUAACGAGUCAAGUACGAAGGAGUUACGGCUUUACCCAACCCCGCCGAGCAGGGAAGUGGAGGUACCAGUGUUGCAGGAUCAGGAUCACUCUUUUGCUACCCAUCCAUAACUCAUUCACUCCGACAAUCCCUAUCUUCUUUUUCCAGCGAUGCCGGAGCGAGACGACAAAGGUUGGGACUUCUACCUCCGAACGCUCUCCAACAGCUCCAGAGACUCCAACACUGCCAACGACCCCGCUUCCGAUCCCUCUCUUCUUCAUUCCGUGAAGAAGCUUUACGAAAUUUGCAAGUCUAAGAAUUCGGAGGACUUGGUAGCUAGGGUUUAUCCGCAUGUUAACAAGAUCUUCCAUCGAGCCGUCGCUUCCCGUUCUCAAUCUCGAACCUCCAACGGCCUUCUCUUAUUGGCAAUUCUUCAGUUUUUUCUAGACUUUGGAGAGGUUGUUCUUCAUGAUGCUGAUCCUAGUCUUAGGACAUUUUUUCGUUCGUGUUUGAGCAGGGAGUUUGCUGAUCCGGUUGUGGCAGAAGCAACAGUCGAAUUUAUAGUUUCCAACAAGAAGAAGCUUCAUUAGAGAAACAAUUUUUGAAAGCUUUCCCUGGAUUGAUGUCACCUGGAUCAUUUAUUCCGUUAUUCCCAUAUUUAAUAGACUUGCCGAUUUUGGUAGUGGCAUUGGAGAGGGUGGAAAAAAGCUCAGGACCACUUAUUGGAAAUAGCAUAGCUUCGAUUCAGCAGAAUACUGCUCCUAAGAUGCUACUUGCCCUUAUGGAUGAAGCCUACACUGGUUCAACAAUAGAAGAUGGUGGAGGAGAUUUUGAAUCUGACGAUAACAGUGCAAUUGAUGUAUCUGAUCCUUUGUUCCUCGAGCUUUUAAAGGAUGAAAAUGAUGGUAUCGCUGAACGUCCUUGGUCAUCUCCAGUGAUGGCAACUCUAUUGCAGGCUGCUGCUAAUAGUCCUUACUCUGAUAGGCUGAAAGCAGUACUUAGCAUGGCACCCCAUCUUCUUGAUGUUUACUUCUCUAUAGCAUUGCGUGAUGUCAACGACUCUCUGAUCUGUGCAUUGAUUCCCCUUCUUAUGUCAAGAUUUGCUACCCUAUUUCCAGAUAAAGUAUUUUCUUAUGAGGUCCGAAACCGGCUUUUGGAGUUUAUGCUUUCUACUUUUCAGCAUUCUCCAAACUUCAUUGCUCUUCUAAAGAAACCUAUAAUGGACAGACUUGGAGAAGCUUAUGACAGCCCAGAAAAGACAGAAUUGGCAUUGCAAUUAUGCUGGGCCAUUGGAGAGCAUGGUGGAGGUGGUGAAUCUCACAAAGACGAAGCUCGUGAGCUUUUUGAGAGUUUAGAGCUCCUUUUGUAUGAAAACCUUUCCUCUAGUCGUCUCGGCAUGACGCAGGAGGUGUCCCUUGGUCCUGAUAAGGAUAACUACAGACGGUCAUCACAAUCGAGGCUUCUAUGUUUUGUUAUAACAGCCAUUUCAAAGCUUGCUACACACCAUCGCGAAUUAGCACCAAGAGCACGUGUAUCCUUGGGCAAGGUGGCCCGUUCUCGAAUUUCAGAUGUGAGGGUGUGGAGACGUGCAUGCGAUUUCCUGGCUCUGAUGAAUGAUCCUGCUAUAUGCGCAUCCAUAUUGGGGCCUUCACGGUCUCCAACAGGCAAAGUUGGCAGCAUAAAUUGGAAUCAAGGUGCAACAAAGAUGAUUGCACACGUUCCUUUUUACAUUCUAGGGGAACAAGAAGGGCCACCGUUUAAUGAUUUCUCAUUCUCAGAUAUCCUACCAGGGAGGCGAUGAAAGCUAUUGCAUACCGUUGGGUCAGUUUGAUCAAUAUUGAUCACGAUCCUCCUAUAAGUAGGCUCAACUCUUCUUUUUUGGCUUCUAAAAUGGACGCCUGAAACUUAGCACCUCUUUUCUCAUCAAAACAUUGGUUUGGCUUUUCCACUGGAAAGUAACACACCAAUGGAAUGUGAUUAUUGCGUUCCUUUUGGUUGUUUUUCAAAAAUUCUCAUUCUUUCAAUCUCCGUUCAAAGUACAAAACUACAAGGCCAGCUUGUCUAUUUAUGGGAGGGUUAGAAUAUUUAUUUGAACUUUUCGUUGUAAAAUAACUAUAUUAUCGAAAUGUUCCAGUCAUUAUUUUCACAAACUUGUUAAGGCUCAUUUUUUAAGAAAUGGAGAAGCUCAUGGUGUAACACCAUGAAAUGGAGGCAUAGCAAAAUAUUGCACUGCUAUGGGUCAGAGACAAAACGUAACUUACGUUUUGUAUUUGUUUAUUUUUUUGAAUUUUAAAAUACACCAAACGUAGCUUA